CAGUACCUGUAUAUCGGUAACAUUAUCAAUGAUAAAGAAUAAUAAGUACUAAUGUGAAUAGUAAUGUAGUAAUGUGAAUAUCAUGAGGAAACUGGGUACAGCCGUACAGGGACAACAGAUUCGUUGCGCCAUAUCGAUACAUUUGUGGCCAGUUGAAUUAUUUUUCAUUGUACUGGCGUGCAAGCCUAUAAAGAUUGGCAUUAAGUUCCGCAUGCAGUGAACUUUUAAAAUGUCUGACUUUUGCGCUACAACAUCCGAUGACACUGGCUACUUGAAGGAGAAGCUUUUAUAUUUAGAGAAUCGAACCUCGCAAAUUGCGAAACUGAAUCAAGAAUUAGAACAGAAUCAAAUGGCUUCACUUCGAGAAAUGUUGGAAGUCCGUGAACUGGAGCUGAACAACUACGAGUUGGAGAUGACCCUCUCCGAGCAACGUUUACACCAAACUGAAGCAGAAAUCAACGACCUCCACAAACAAAUUGCUGAUUUGGCGCUGCAGCAAUCGGCACUGGAGAAAGAGCAGCGCGUAUCGAAGAGAUCACAGUUCCUCCCAUUGCUGCGUGCCAAGAUUGCACUCUCUCUGCGUAGUGCUGCUUCCGCUUCGAAACGUUAUCUCGGCGUCCGAUCCAUUCGCUGGGCAAUCACAUUCUUCUGCUUUAUCGGAUUGUACCUCUUUUUCGAUGUGCUUUGCUAUGGGGUCUUUGGAAUUAAGGUGUUUAAUAGAGUUUCCCGGAAGUCGCGAGGCGUAUCUGUGUGUUGAAACUGUUUCAAAACUUGCGACAUGGCCACGAUAACACGCGACCAGUGAAAUUAUAAUGUAGGAAUACCUGUACAGCAUGUCUGGAUGGUUUUAUUGUUCAGUCGACACAGUUGUUCUGUUUUUUUUUAUCGAUGUUCUCUUUUAGUUUUAUUGUUGGUUUUAUCGGUCGUUUUUGUUCGUAUUUUACUUAUUAAAUUAUUUUCUGGUUAAAUCUAAAUUCCCUUCUUUUUCGGCUCAAGGAUUCAUGUAUUACAGCAAACGGCAUAAAAAAUUUCAAUAUACAUACAUGCCGUUAUCCAUUCGCGAUUAAUUUGUCAAAUUUAAGCUGGAGACGUUCUACCCAGGUACCACUGACCUGCUACAAGGAGCGCUUUGAUUAUUGUGCGUCAUCGCGUCCGUGAGUGGAACAGAGAAAUUCUGAAGGAAGCAAAAUAACACGGAAGAACACACUUACCUGUUUAGAAUUAGUAGCUACACCAAAACGUUGUCGGAAAUUCCCAUUUCUCUGUGGCUGUUAUUUUGCU